AUGGGGUAUGAGGGUACUUUUACCCCUACCAUCAAGAAAUUGCUUCCUCCUUGUUGGAAGGACCUAGCUUAUGUGUUUUUGAGCUGUAUUUCUGGCAGGAGAUCCGGUGCAAAUGAAAUCUCCUCAGCUAACACUGAAGCAAUCACAACCUUGGCUGCAGGAAUUGAGUUCAACUUCUCGAAGUUUAUAAUGAAUGAGCUGGUUCUAAAUCUUGAGGGGAAUAAGAGAGAUAAAAUUUUGAUGUACCCAAGAUUUCUGAAAAUCAUCUUCAAUGUUACGCAUCCCGAGCUGCGAAGAGGAAAUGAAACUUUGGAUCUUAAAUCCGUUGGUCCAAGUGCUUUCGGACUAAUGAAACAAAAGAGAGGUGGAAAAUUCGUCUUUGAAGGAAAGUUCCCCUUGAUCAAAUUCAGAAUUUUUGAAGAAAAUGAUCGGUCGGGAUCAGAAGAUCAAUCCAUCCCUAUGGAGUCUGAAGACAUUGUGCAUUCAACCUCUGAACCAGAAUUUGAGGAAAUUCAUGAUUCUUCUACAUCCACCAUGGUGGAGGAACAUGAUUAUCAUAUGGAGGAUGAAACUAAAUCUACUCAUGAGGAUGAUGAUGAUUAUCUCUAUGGUGAUGUAGAAAUUUUGAAGGAAAUUGACUUCACAGGGUUCAGUGAUGAUAUCCCGACAAACAUUGAGCUUGAUCCUAAUGAUGAAGAAUUUGGUCCUCUUCCAGGAUUCCUCAGCAGUUGUCUUAAUAAAGUCAAUGAAGUUGCCUCUUCGGCAACCAAGACUAGGGAAGAAGGAAAUGCUAUCAAAAUUCCGCUCUCCACGUCCAAGCCCAUGGAGGAUGCAUCAAGUCAAGGAGAUGUGAUGUCAGAGAUUCCUCCCUCUGUGUCAACUAUCUCAACAUUUGCUCCAGUUGUUCCUGAUUCAACUCAGCCCUAG